CGCGACAACGCCGUUCCAGUGCCGGUUUUCCCCUCUCUUUUCUCCCCCAGGACCGCGCCCAUCAUUUUUCCUUUAUUCCCCCCUGUACCCCCUUUUCCCCUUCCCCAUUCUUAAAAGAGUCCUUGACAAAUCGCACCGCCAGACUCGCAACGUGGGUUGAGCUUGGCUUGAAACGUCGCCCAACGCCGCAACGUCGACGGUUUCAGAUGCACCAGCUACCGUGCGCUUGAACCACCAUCGGCCUACAACCACCCUCCCUGUUGAUGACCAGCGUGUCGCGGGCAGAGUAUUGUAUUGUACUCUGUACAGGUAGGGGAAAGGGAGGGGGGAGACGGUUGUAGUUCCUGGCCUUACACGUACACAUACGACGUACACCGGACGGAACUGCGCAUAAGCCAGGGCCCCACAGGGGACGCGCAACCCUUUCUCAACUUCGAGUCUCUCUUCCUCUUGUUCCGACUCCCUACUCGCAAGGCACCGGUCCCGUGCGCUCUGAUACAGGUCCGCGAAGCCUUUCUUGGCUUGCGCUACACAUUCGUCCGUCCAACCCGCGUCCAGCUUACGUUUACGUCCCCGGCUGUAGCGGCCAUCCGAGUAUCCUCACCAAGAUCUUUCUUUGUCUCUCUCUCUCUCUCUCUCUAUCUCUGUACCUCGGAUUUGGGGACGAAACGGCUUGGAAUUUCCCCCAAAUUCCUCGUAUAGCCUCAGUAAGGCUAUAUACUGGCGUAUUAAGACGCGCAUUCGGACUUUCGAGAGGAGGCUGGUCCCCGAAUCAUGAAUACGGGACCUGCCAAGCUGCGUUCAAUCCAAACGAUACGAUGAUGGGCUUGGAAGUUGGGGAAGGGAUGGAAGAAGCACUUGGUCGUCUGCAACGCUUGAGGCUCAUUGGUCCCCCUGUACUUGGCUUGGCGGCUCAUGGCCCAUCCUUGUUCUCGCUCCCCGCGACGUUGGGAGCUGAGACAGGUUGGCGUGGGAAUGGUGGACAGUCAAGUCAGAGCCAAAGAGGCAAUGAGACCCGGCGGCCCCCGAACCCUGGACGUCCCAACUAACAGUCUUGCUAACACCGACUUCUCUCUAGCCCUCUCCUCUCUUCCCGCAGAUCAGCCCGGCCAGCGAGACCCCACACACCCCCCCUCCCCUGGCUGCCGACUGUUCGGUCCCAUCUGCUCGCUCUGUUGCAUAAUGUGCAAGUGGCUUGUGUCUUCUUUACGUCCAACAUUCUGUGCAGGGAGAUUGCUUGUUUGAAGACCAGAAGAGAGAGGUCUGAGCCGGCAUCUGGACAUGGAAGCCGGAAAAAACGUCACUUGCACAAAGUUGUGUUCAUUAUCUUAACAGUAUUAACAUUCACCCAUCCCCUCCUCGUUCUUCUCAAUAUAUCCUCUUUGCAUUCGAACUUUUACUUUUCCUUCUCUUUCACUAGGCCCAAGUUCCAUCACCAAAUGUUUUUGUGAUACCCCAGAUACCCACUCCCAACCCUCUCACUCUCACUCCGGCAACCAUGGAGCGAGCGCAUUCUCUUCUCACCAGCACCACCCGAUCCAUUAGCAGCUCGCGGUCCAGUACUCGCUCGUCCCGCUCAAACUCAUUACUCAACACAACACCCAGCCCGGAGAAGGGGGAGUUCUUCCUCCCCGCGCCAGCCACCACGAUCUCACAGCCGAAAAUCAGGGUGCGGGCGAUACUAGGCCACUGCCUGUAUCGUAGGGUCGUGAUAUGGACCGUGACGAUAUCCAUGCUUAUCGCGCUGGCGUACCUCAACACGCCCUUAUACACACGAGAUGGCAAGAUCUUGGGAGAUGACUACAGGAUAGGCGGCAUCGGGGACUCCCCGAAGAAGCAUGGCAAGCCAGCACCGCCCGAGGAAGACCUCAUCAUCGACAGUGACAUGCCGCCAUGGCUCAAGUUCAAACACCUCAACGGCUACUUCAACGGCCUCAAGUCCAUCGUCCCCAUCGCCAACCACACUCCCGAAUACCCCAACAAUUCUUUCCCGGCACCGGUCACAGCCGUGCCCAUUUACCAUGAUACCCCUCCCGCCCCCACCCCCUACGCAGCUCACCCGGAUUACGCAUCUACAGAGUAUCGGAGAGAAUACCACCCCGUCCGCGAAUGUUUUAUCGACGAAAACGACAAGGUUGCCGUCCCGGACAUCUACGCCUUCGACGGCGUGCCUCAGAAUCAGCCUGACCCGGCCAUCGGCUCGCACACUGUGCUCGGCCUUCGCAAUGACGUUUGCUUCGAUCGUUUCGGACGCUAUGGCCCCUACGGUCUCGGGUACAGCAUCAGCGAGGGCGGCACGUCUCAGGGCCUGGAUACCGAGCAGGAGGGCGCCGAAGCCGUCUGGGCCAAGACUGGCAAGAUCGACUACAGCCGCGUCGACUGGGGCGACGCUCAGGAGCGGUGCGUCGAACGCAACAGCGCCCGCUUCAGCAACGGCACGGGGGAUAGCAGCUACGGUUCCAGCCACAGCGAGCCCGAAAGCACGGAGAGCGGCGGCCUCAAGAAGACGGACCGUAUCGCCGUCGUCGUCCGCACCUACGUCGGGUUCGAAUGGACCCAGCUCGCCAUUGUUAACUUCCGCGCCAUGGUCUCGGAGCUCUCGCUCAAGUCCGGCGGCGAGUACACCGUCCACUUCCUCCUCCACGUCAAGGACAACGAGGCGCCCAUCUGGUCGGAUCCGUCCGUCAUCCAGAGCAUCCUCGACGCCAACGUGCCCACCGAGUUCCACUCCAUGUGCACUCUCUGGUCCGAGGCGGAGAUGAAGCUGUACUACCCCGGCCACUUCGCCGACGCCAUCGAGAACCCGUCCAAUGGCGACAUCCACGGCGUCUACCGGAGCGCGCAGAUGCCCCUCCAGGUCUUUGCCCUCCAGCACCCCGAGUACGCCCACUUCUGGAACUGGGAGAUGGACAUGCGCUAUAUCGGCUCUUACUACGAACUUCUCGACCGCCUCGGGUCCUGGGCCAAGGCUCAGACCCGGACCCUUCUCUGGGAGCGGUCGGCCAAGUACUACAUCCCCGCUGAGCACGGGUCUUGGGACGAAUUCGCCAACAUCGUCGAGAAGGAGCUCAACGCUUCCGGCCGCCGCGCCGUCCUCGGCCCCCAGAUCUUCCCCGGCCGCAUGUCGCUCAAGAGCGAGGAAGCCGGCGCUUCGAUCCUACCCCCCUCGUGCUCCCGCGGUGGCGAUCCGUCCGAGUGCGGCGUCGGCGAGGAAGCCGACCUUAUCACGCUCAACCCCCUCUUCGAUGCGGACGAGUCCGGCUGGGUGUUCGCCAAGGACGUCACCGGCUACGAGAUGGUUUUCGCUCCACCGCCGCGCCGAUGCGCCAUCGUCACGGCCUCGCGGAUCUCCCGCCGGCUCCUCGCCGCGAUGCACGAGGAGAUGUGGCGGAUGCACCACAGCAUGUUCUCCGAGAUGUUCCCAGCCAGCAUGGCGCUGCACCACGGCUUCAAGGCGGCCUAUGCGCCGCACCCCGUCUUCUUGGAUCGGGCGUGGUAUCCCUACAGCACUAUCGAGAAGGCCUUCAACGGCGGCCGCGACGGCACCACGGGUGGCCACGGCAGCCCCUUUGAUCUCAAGAACGAGCACAACCACAAAGGCACGAGCUGGUACUACAACUCCGAGUUCGCCGGCCUCCUGUGGCGCCGGUGGCUCGGGUACGCCCAGAUGGACGGUCGCGGCAACAACGGCGGCCGCGCCGGCGAGGGCUCCCUCCGCGGAGGACAGGACGAGGAGUCUCACAGGGACGGCUCGGGUCGGCUGUGCAUGCGCAGCAUGUUGUUGCACCCGAUCAAGUGGGAGAACCCGGGCGAGAGGAACUGAAGCGCGUGUUUUCUCAUUUUUAUAUUUUCUUGCGGCCAAGGCAUUAACAGCCAGGACCAUAGUGUCCUGUCUAGUAACCUCCCGUCAUCGAUAUCAGGAGCCGUGGGAGAAGCGUGUUCAAGGGUUUUGUUUCCCUUUUUGAGCAAACAUUGAUUCCAUCUGCUUGUACGGCCCAACUUUCUAGCAUUUACAAAAACCUCCCCCCCCCCCCUUCCCUU